AUGGAAACGAACAAUUUAGCGAAGUUUUUAAUGGGAAUAUUUGAAGGAGAAGAAUAUGAACAAGUUGUUUUAGAAUUGACUAAAGAAGAGAUUGCCGUUUCUACUGUGAAUGAUUUAAUAGCCAUAGCAAAACAUUUUGAUGAAUUUGAUUUAAAAUUGAGUGAAGAGCAAAAAAAGAAAAUACAAGGAGCGAUUAAUGAACGAACAAUGAAAGAAAAAAAAGGAGAAAAAAAAGAAGAAAAUAAGAAACGACUAGAAAGGAUUCAAUACAAAUAUUUAAUGGAUUACAGAAAUUGGACAGCAUUAAUGUUUGCACAAUUCUUAAUGUAUAAUAAAAUUAAUAAAAAACAAGCAUUCUUUUUAGCCACUGAUAUUUCACCAACAGAAUUUAUUGAAAAAAAAGAAAAAGAAGAAGAAUGGAUUUCAAUAAAAGAAAAAAUGAAGAAAGAAUUAGCUUCAACUAUUAUUACACGAGCAGCUAGAAAAUUAGGAAGAGAAAGAAUUAAUACACAAAUGAAUAAACGAGCUAAUACAAUUAAAGAAAUUAUUUCAACAGAAGAAAGUUAUAUAGAACAAUUAAAUACUGUAAUUAAAUUUGUACUUAAUCCAAUUAAGAAAGAAUCAAUUUUAAGUUCAGAACAAAUUAAAUUAAUUUUUAGUGAUAUUACAACAAUAUAUUCAGUUAAUGAACAAUUCUUAAAGUUAAUUAAGAGUUUUGAAUGUCAAGAUUAUGCAAAUGUCUUAAUUGGUCAAAUCUUUAAUCAAAUGGGACCUUUAUUUAAAAUGUAUGCAGAUUAUUGUAUGAAUUAUCAUGAAUCUGAUAUUCUUAUUCGUCAAAUGGAAGCAGAACAUCAUCCUUUUAUUUCUUGGUAUUCAAAACAAGUUUUUGAGAAUGCUUCUCCUCAAUAUAAAAAGUUUAAAAUUUCAGCAUUUUUGAUUACUCCAGUUCAACGACUUCCUCGUUAUAAACUUCUUUUAGCAGAUCUUCUUAAAUAUACUCCUGCAUGUCAUCCUGAUCAUGAAAAUGUUAAACAAGCAUUAAAACUUAUUACUGAAGUUACUAUCACUGUAAAUAAUAAUACAAAGAAAAGAGAGAUGUUUGAGAAAAUGAAAGAAUAUCAAAUGAGUAUUACUAACCUUCCUGAAGAUUUUAAAAUUAAUAAUGGUUCUAGAGAAUUACUUGCUGAAGGAAAAGCAUUAGAAAUUAAAAAGAAAAAUGCUAAACCAAUGGCAUUAAUUUUAUUUAAUGAUUUAUUAAUGGUUUGUGAAUAUAUUGAAAAAGGAGUGUUUACUAAAACUCAAAAGAAGAAAUUAAGUUUUAACAAUACACUAAAAUUACUUGAUAUGUCUUUUGCUGAAGUAAAAGAAAAUGAAAUUGAAGCAAAAGGAAUUCAAGUAGAAAUGUGUCUUGUUCUUAUGAUUUCUAAACAGAAAUUUAUAUUUUCAUUUAUUAGUAUUGAAGAAAAAGAAAAAUGGUAUGAAUAUUUAAGUAAUGCUAUUGAAAAAGAAAAAAUUAAACAACAACAAUUCGAAGCAAGAGCUAAAACAGCUGCAAUGGAAAAAGCUGAAAUGGCUAGAAAUUUGAUUCAAAAUAAAUUUAAUACUUUCAAUGCAGGUUCUAUGAAAACUCGUUUGUUAAAUAGUUUAUUUCUUAAUAUUUUUAUUAUUUAUUUAUUAUUUAUACUAAUUCUAUUUAUAGGAAGAUGGAAAGAUAGAGGAGCUUCUGUGGCAUCUAUGUCUUUUGCUGAAAAGUAUAGAAUGGCAGAAGAAAUUAAAAACAGUCUUGAAGCACCAUCUGAAUAA